AUGGCUAUGCACACUCAGGCAUUAGAAAAUUGGAAGGAGCACCAACCUGUCUUUGAACUAGGAGGUGGUGUCUUUGAUGAAGUGGUGCUAGAUGAGACUGGCCAUUAUCAAAAUGGGAGUGGUCAAGAGUUCAUCUUCUCAGCAAGAGACAGUUGCAACAGUAGCAUAAGUGAAUAUUUAGUUGAUAAAUUUGAAAGCCUGCAUUACCAUGCAUCCACAUCUUUGAGGAAGACUGCCGAGACUGCUGCAGAUCUGCUGGCUUCUUGGAGCAAAACUAUCAAAGACAAUGCAGCUAUUUCUUUGAUUAUUUCUGCAAUGCAAGAUAUUUUAGAUUUUAAUAGAGACAAUAACAUGAAUGAUGACAGGUGUGAUGAUGGGUGUGAUAAAGAUCUUGAUAGAUAUAUACAGAGUGCUGCUAUAGACAAAUGCUGCCAAUGGGCACCUUAUGGAACAAAAACUGUGAGGGACUUUUCAUAG